GAAGACGAAGAAGAAAAAAAUCAGACGGUGAAAGGUUUUCCUGCAUUGUUGUGCUGCCAAUCGUCAAAACGUCGUACGCAAUGAGAGGAGAUCGUGGCAGGGGACGGGGAGGUCGAUUCGGCUCCCGUGGUGGACUCGUUCAAGGGUACCGUCCAUUUGUCCCACACAUCCCAUUUGAUUUUUAUGUGUGUGAGAUGGCUUUCCCCAGAGUGAAGCCUGCAGCUGAUGAGACUGCUUUUAGUGAGUGUCUUCUGAAGAGGAACCAGGAUCUCAGCCCCACCCCUGCAGAGCAGUCCUCCAUUUUGUCCCUGGUCACAAAGAUCAACAAUGUUAUUGACAACCUCAUUGUUGCGCCUGGCAAUUUUGAAGUGCAAAUCGAAGAGGUGCGUCAGGUUGGUUCUUACAAGAAAGGCACCAUGACGACUGGACAUAACGUUGCUGACCUGGUAGUAAUCCUGAAGAUCCUACCUACAUUGGAGGCAGUUGCUGCUCUUGGCAACAAAGUGGUAGAAACUCUCCGUACACAGGACCCUGCUGAAGUGCUGUCCAUGCUGACCAAUGAGACUGGCUUUGAGAUCAGUUCAGCUGAUGCCACUGUCAAGAUCCUCAUCACCACUGUCCCUCCUAAUCUGCGCAAGCUGGACCCUGAGCUGCAUUUGGAUAUCAAGGUACUGCAGAGUGCCCUCGCUGCCAUUCGCCAUGCUCGCUGGUUUGAGGAGAAUGCCUCUCAGUCAACGGUCAAAGUACUAAUCCGCCUGCUUAAGGAUUUAAGAUUGCGCUUCCCAGGAUUUGAACCUCUCACCCCUUGGAUCUUGGACCUCUUGGGCCACUCUGCAGUGAUGAACAACCCUUCUAGACAGCCUCUGUCUCUUAAUGUUGCUUACAGACGUUGCCUGCAGAUGCUAGCUGCUGGGCUCUUCCUACCUGGCUCAGUAGGCAUUACUGAUCCCUGUGAGAGUGGCAACUUCCGAGUGCACACCGUCAUGACUCUGGAACAACAGGACAUGGUGUGUUUCACAGCCCAGACACUAGUGAGGGUACUGGCUCAUGGAGGCUACAGGAAGAUCCUGGGUCUGGAGGGAGAUGCCAGCUACCUAGCAUCAGAGAUGUCAACAUGGGAUGGCGUGAUUGUCACACCCUCAGAGAAGGCCUACGAGAAGCCUCCAGAGAGGAAGGAAGAGGAGGAUGAGGCACUGGAUGAGGGAGGAGACGGAGAAGAUGAGAGCAUGGAAACCCAAGAGUGAAGAAGUUUUCAGCAUUCGUUAUAGAGCAUUUCUAAAGUAACCUGUUAAAGAGCUCUUCUCAACAUGUCCAUCAUCUGUACUGACCAGUUCAACUGACUGCAUUGACCCCCGACCAAACUGCACCACCAGGAUGCUCAUUGCUGUCUGUUCUUCAGUGUCCACAGAAAUAUGGCUUUGGCUGGCAAGAAUCAAGUUGAGCUGUUUUGUUGGUGUAUUUUGCUUUUUAAUACUGGUUGAAAUAAACUUUUUUUUUU